AUGUCGACCGACGUCAAGACCACGUCCUCGCCUGACCAGCAAUGGCUGGACAAGUUCAUCUCAUUGCUCUCCCGUUCCUACCUGACCACGCCGCUCACCACGGCCUUCAUCACCGAGAUCGACAACACCGACCCCACGGCCGACGUGUCGCAGGUGAUGACACCCGCCCGGCUCACCAAGCACUUCACGCUGGGCAUCACGGCGGCGGCCAAGUCCAACGUGGUGCUGGCCGAGGCGGGCUCCUUUGCGGCCGCCGCGCUCUUCGAACCCCCCGACUUCUGCGGGAUUCCGCCCUCUCAGGCCCGUCGCGACCCGGGCCCCAUCCUGCAAGAGUGGCGCCGCGCGGCGCGCCAGCUCAAGGCCAAAUACCUCUCGAUCCCGGACCAGGGCGCGCACAGCUACGACCAGCCCGCGGCGCCGUCGCAGUCGUCGGGCGCACCCUCCGAGGACCCCUACCCGGCCGACUUCAACAAGGACACCGACUUCGAGACCCGGCCCUUCUACCACCUGGCCAUGAUCGCGCGGGAUCCGGACGUCCCCGCCGACAAGAGCGACAAGGCCUUCACCGCCUGCAUGGACUACUUUCUGAAAAAGGCCCGUGCCGAGGGCGUGCCCGUGUGGUUGGAAACGGCCAGCGAGAGCGCCAUGAGGGAGUACGAACGUCUCGGGUUCCGCGUGUGCGAGGAGGUGGUCAUCGGCAAGGGCAGGGUCAACGAGAAGGGCUGGCCCACCCCCAACGGCGGGAAGGGAGUCAUGACCUGGGCGAUGAUCUGGGAUGAACACUUGAAUUGA